CUCAGAGGCUUUGGUUUCGGGAGCCUGUUUUUUUUAAGCAGUUUCGGUUUUUCUAUUCUCUCAUUUCUUUCUCCCCCCGCGCUAGCAGCCAUGUAAUCGACUGUCUUCCUUUACCGCCUGGAAGUAAUUCUUGGCCGGUUUUUCUUCUUCUUCCUUUUAUUAUUGUAUGGUUGUUUUUGUUGAAAUUUUCCUCUGUUUGUUUCUGGUUAUUUUUUCUUCAUCAUCAUCUUCUUCUUCUUCUUUUUAGGGAUUUUUAUCUUUUUUUUUUUUAAUUCUCCAACUCUCUCGCACUGUCAAUUUCGGUUUCCAUCUCUCUAAGAUCACAAGAUGGCCUCCACAGUUCAGAAGAAAACACUCCAUUCCAUUCUCGCCGGGAAGCUCAACAAACUUAGUAUUCCAUCUUCGACAUCGACGCCUGGCGAGGACUUCGAUUUCUCAGAUGUCUUCGGCCCUCAAACCUCACAGUCUGCUUCAUCACCUUUUCUUCGAGACCCGGAAAUAAUAUACAGCCGAUCCCACUCGUUUGUGGGCCCUUCGCCUCGAUUUGCCAACUCGGCUUCCCUCCCGUUUAAGGUCGUUGAUGGAGAGAGUUGUUCACAGGGUUCUGAAGGAGAAGAAGAGAAUGAAGAAGAACAUGUUGAUGCCGAGAAGUUGAAGGAGAAAGUAGAGGAGGAGGCGUCUCUGACUAAUAAGAUGGGUCCCGGCGAUUUUCAGAUUUUGGGAGUUAUUGGGCAGGGAGCUUUCGGUAAAGUUUUUCAGGUCAGGAAGAAGGACAAUGGUGGUGGUGGCGAUGGAAUUUUUGCAAUGAAGGUGAUGAAGAAGGAUACAAUUAUAAAGAAGAAUCAUGUGGAUUAUAUGAAGGGCGAGAGGGAUAUACUCACCAAGGUGGUGCAUCCGUUCAUUGUGCAGCUCCGAUACUCUUUCCAGACAAAGUCUAAACUCUAUCUGAUUUUGGAUUUUAUAAAUGGAGGGCAUCUAUUCUUUCAUCUGUAUCGACAAGGGAUUUUCAGUGAGGAUCAGGCAAGAAUUUAUACUGCCGAGAUUGUUUCUGCUGUUUCACAUCUUCACAAGAAUGGGAUCGUGCAUCGGGAUCUAAAACCUGAAAACAUUCUCAUGGAUGCUGACGGGCAUGUGAUGCUAACUGAUUUUGGACUAGCAAAGGAAAUUGAAGAAUCAAGCAGAUCAAAUUCUAUGUGUGGAACUACUGAAUAUAUGGCUCCAGAGAUUUUAUCAUCAAAGGGCCACAACAAAGAUGCAGAUUGGUGGAGUAUUGGCAUAUUAUUGUAUGAAAUGUUAACAGGGCAGCCACCCUUCACGCAUGCAAACAGACAAAAGCUUCAACAGAGAAUCAUCAGAGAAAAAGUGAAGCUCCCGCCAUUCUUAAGCAGUGAAGCUCAUUCUUUACUUAAAGGGCUACUGCAAAAGGAACCAUCGAAGAGGUUAGGCAGCGGCCCAAGUGGAAGUGAUGAAAUAAAAAACCAUAAAUGGUUUCGACCCAUUAACUGGAAGAAGUUGGAGGCUAGACAAUUGGAACCCAAGUUCAAGCCAAAUGUGAAUGGAAGAGAUUGCACCGCCAACUUUGACAAGUGCUGGACGGAAAUGCCUGCAGACGACUCCCCUGCUCCUACACCAACAACAACUGGUGAACACUUCAGGGGUUAUACUUACGUCGCACCUGCUCCUUGGCUCCAAGGAGCAAGCUAGGUGAACACUUCACCAAAUGAAGAAAUAAAAGUACUGACACAAAAGAUACACACUUUUAGGCAGAGCUGUGAGCUAGUAUUUAUUUUGGAAAAAGGUGUCUUGUGUGUAAUGUUGUACCAUGAUUUUCUUCUUUAACAGACAUGGAUUUCAAGAUUGUAGAUUGUUGACAACUGUUUGAUAGAAAUUUAAAAGAGUGAGAUUUAACAGCA